UCUGACCAGAACAGAGCUACAAAUAUCAUCACCAAUAUACAGAUUAUAAAACUAAAUACAUCAAUCUUAAAUAAUGGAAGCAUUUUUCCGGAAAAUAGCCAAAGGAGAUUUUUUACCUUCAUCAGUUACUUCUUUGACCAAUUUAAUGCCUGGAAGACUUCUAGGCCCUGAAGUUCCAGUUGAACCCAAGUUAGAAGCUCCGGUUCUUCGCCGGAGCGAGAGGAUCAAGGCCAUGAUGGAAAAAAAGCGUCAGAAGGAGGAGGAGCUCAAGAAGGCGGAAAAUUCAACGACAGAAGACCCUGUCGAGCAGAAGCCCAAGAUUGAGAGACUCUCGAGACGCUCCUCCAAGAGCCAUGUAGGUCACCCACAGCAGUGCUCCUGCUGCGGCGUCGACUUGGUCCUAGUCUGCCCCACUUGCGAUUCGAGGGUAAACCCAGGACCUUCUGGUUCGAGCUCGGGUGCGGGGAAGAAAAGGAAACGUAAUGACGAGGAGCGCCAAAGCAAGCGCCGGAACUUGGGGGUCUCAUCCCCAAAGCCCCCACCAGUGGCCCAGCCCAAGAAGAAAGCCAAGAAGGCGGCUCCUCCCAAAAGUUCUCCCUAAGUUUCUAGUUUAGAAAGACCCUCUCCAAAUUAUGAAGUGAUCUUUUAGUUAUUAGUUUCAGAUUUUAGAAAUUUAAAAGUUAACAUAAAACACAAACAAAAAGUCAUA